AUGGCGAAUGUGAAUUGGAGUGAUAACGAAGAAGUGUUUCAGUUUCCUAACGAUGAUAGCGAUAAUGGAUCAGACUUUGAGGGCUUCAACCUUGCAGAAAUACAAUUAGGGAACAGAAAGACGCUUGCACAAGUGCACAUGGUGGAUUUUGUACCCAACAAUGACCGCGAUUCUCCUAUAGACUUGGAAGAAGGUUGGUCUCGGGAAGAUGUCGCGCCUGUGAAUUCACCGUUCGUCGGAGAAAUGAAAUUAAAUGUGGACAUGGACGAUUUUGAGCCUUUAACUUUUCUGAAGCUGUUUGUGAAUGAUGAUUUUAUAAAUUUGUUAGUUGAGCAAACAAAUUUGUAUGCUCAAAGGCGAGUAGAAGCAGGGAAUGUAAGCCAGUUCCGUUGGAUUAAACAAUGGCGUCCAGUCAACAUGGCGGAAAUGAAAGUUUUCCUCAGCUUGACGAUCUGCAUGGGAUUAGUGCAAAAGAAUGAUGUGAGCGAUUAUUUGGCGGCCGACGAUGUUCAGGAUACUCCAUUCUUCCGUGAACAGAUGUCCAGGGAUCAAUUUCUACUUAUCUUGAGUAACUUUCACCUCACAGACAAUGGAGGACAGGUGGGAUUUGAUCCAUUGUUCAAGGUUAGACCGGUUGUAAACCAACUAUUGACUGCAUUUAGUGAGGUGUAUUUACCGGACAGAGAUCUUAGUUUUGAUGAAGCCACAUGUGCAUGGAGGGGAAGACUUAAGAUUCUGUGUUUACAACCAGCAAAGCCCGCAAAGUUUGGAAUCAAGCUAUACCAAGUUUGUGAGGUGAAGUCAGGUUACUGCAUUGGAUUCGACAUCUAUACUGGCAGUACACCUUGUACACUGUCUGAUGCAAUUGGAGUGAAUGAAGACUGCACUGGAACAACCAGAACAGUGAUGGGAUUGCUUACAAGAUGUGGACUUUUAGACAAAUGA